UCAAGGAGAGGUUUGGGUUUGGGGGUUUUUUUUGUGGCUGAUUCUUGUAGUACUUACAAACCAACACAAGAGGGUAGUAUUUACAUAGGAAAGCAGCUCACGAGCUUGGUGGUGAAGAAAAACAGGUACUGUAGAGGCUCUUUCUGUUCCCCUAUUUAUUUUUCUGCCUUAGGCAGAGUUCAGUGCUGUAUAAGGAGACUUCUGCAAGAAUGGGAUAAAUGUACUUGUCGUCAUAUCAAACCAGUUGGUUUGUGCUCGUUCCCACUGGCAAUAAAAAUUUUCACACUGGACAUUUCUGCUGGUGGGUGGGCAGAGAAGGGCCAGAAGCUCCUUUGUGAUCACUCAACAUGAAAAUUUAAUGUCUGUUAGAACCAUUCAUAAGCUGGAUUUUCUGCUACAUGAAAAACAAUGUUCAAAAGAUUCUUUUUUAGAUUUAAAUGGAAAGCAGAAACUACUGCAGUAGUCAAGAUGAGCACAAUGGUUACUUUAUUGUGUCAACAUUAAGUCUAAUAUACACACGUAUGCUAGAAUGCUUUUAUACUUUUGUUUGGGGCAGCACAUUUUGCAAAAUUACAAAAACCAGCAUGGUUAAAACUAAGGGGAACAUUAUUUUUCUUUUUUAUUUAAAACAGCUCUGUUGUCUUCAUGAGAAACAAACAUACCCUCUGUGUGAGAAGAGUGCCAGUGUUCUUAUGUUAUCCCUUUUUUUUUUUUUUGUAGCAAUUUACUCAAAUCUCCUGAAUAGUCACCUUGAAGUUUGAUAGCUCUAAAGCAGUCUAAGAUCAGUGGCAGAUAAGUAAGGGUACAAAUCUUGGGUGUGUUGACUGCUAAGAGCAUUCUUAGAAAGAGAGUGUGCAUCCUGCAUGUGUCCUAGUGCAGAGAGGCAGGGGUGGAAGCCCAGUAAUGAGAACAUGUUAAUUCUACAGGGCCCUUUGGUAGGGAUCCCCACAGGUAAGAGGAAACAGCCCUAGAAUGCACCAGAGACAGAGGAAUAAAAUGAGUUAGCAUAUGGGUGGAGAUGCAAAUGCUUGUUCUCCAUGAAGCAAGGGAACUCUUCCCAACUGGUCCUCUGUGCUGCUGGAUGCUUGAACAAAAUUUCUUAGCCUUCAUGAGCAGGACAGGGUUGGUCCCGCUCUCAGCAAAUGAAUACUGAAGCCCUCUGAGGCUCCUGGGUCUCUGGAAAACCUCUUAGUGUUACUCCCAGCUAUGUAAUGGGUGGCAUGCAGAGUCAGUCCUGAACCAAUCUUGUAAAGUGAUGUGAAGGGCAAUUUUACUGCUGGAGGAGGUAGGGCAGGGUCAUUCCUCUCAGAAGUAGUAUGAGGCUUUCUUUAACAGAUUGGUGGGGUCUCUAGCAUCUCUCUGCAUUCUUUCCUGUGUGGAAGGCUGCAACAGCAGAGGGGAUCUGUCUUGCCCCUUGAUGGGAUCAAAGAUUCUCUAUCCCUUCUCUGCAGUUGCAAGAAUAACAGAGGAGAGACAUAGAGCUGCUCCUUGUAAAAGGGUGCAGAGCCUCCUUGAGAGGAGUAACUCCUAGACAGCUGGCCACCUCCCUUGAGUUAGAAUGACAAGCUGUAGAAACACUUGACACUAGAAAAGCAAAGGUCUCACCACACCCACAUUCUCACUGGUGCCUCACCUGCCACAGGUAUGUGCAUUCAAUUUCCACUAAAAAUAUCUCAACAGGUUGGAGGGGCAGGAAAUAGUCUCUUACUGUGACUACGCCAUGAGGGCUAGGUCAGAGGGUGUUUGUAUAACUGAAGUGGAAUAGGGAGUGUCUAAAGAUGUAUUUGGUCAAAACAGAAUUUGCAGCCAGGCUAAAGCAAAAUCUGUAGCUGAUCUAAUGAAAUGUGAGGGGAAAAGAAUGGAGCGAGACCUGUCUGUCUCUGGAUAAAAGAAAUAUCAGAAAUAGUUCAGAAAAUAUCAGCACUGGUAUGUGUGUGGCUGCAUACUUUUGUACAUCAACUGAUGCCAGUGUGUUUGUUCAGUCAGGAGGACUCUUGAGGGGCAGUUCUGAAGCACACCUCUCUGCAAACCUCGAGUCUGCACAGCAGGGAGCUGAAGUGGAGGAUUAACCUUAGUGUGACGUAAGCUCUGGAGAAACAUUUCACCGGGAGGUUGUUCAAGAAGGUGAGAAGAUGCCAAUGUCAGCUCCCCGAGGCUGCGGCAGCAUCGAUGCUGACUAUUACCUACUCUGUGACAUGGAGAAGGCCUGGGGAAUUGUCCUGGAGUCACUGGCUGCAGCUGGCGUCCUCAUCACCAUUUUCCUCAUCUGCUCGCUCUUCUUUCUCAUCUGUAAAGUCCAAGACAACAGCAAGCGGCACAUGAUCUCCGUCUAUUUCUUCUUUCUCUUAGGCACGCUCGGCAUUUUUGGUCUCACUUUUGCCUUCAUCAUUCAACUCAAUGACAGGACUCGCCCCACUCGCUUCUUCCUAUUUGGAGUCAUCUUUGCUCUCUGCUUCUCAUGCCUCCUCACCCAUGCCUGCAACCUCAACAAACUAGUGAGAGGAAGAAAGCCCUUCUCCUGGCUGGUGUUGCUGCUCCUCAUUGUUUCCUUUGCCCUGGUACAAGUUGUGAUCAGCAUUGAGUACUUGGUCACCAUGUUAGUAAACCAGAAAGACAAAUUUCUGAAUAUGUCUGCGGAGGAGACCAACAAGGACUUUGUCAUGCUUUUGAUCUACGUGCUCUUCUUGAUGGCUCUGACCUUCUUGGUUUCCAUGUUCACAUUCUGUGGGUCAUACAAAAGCUGGAAGAGACACGGGGCGCACAUCUUUGUCACUAUCCUGUUCUCCAUUGCCAUUUGGGUAGUGUGGAUCACUAUGCUCACAAAAGGCAACACAGUUUUAAGCAAACGUAGCUGGGAUGAUCCUGUCGUGGCCAUUGCUCUGGUGUCCAAUGGAUGGAUCUUCCUGAUAAUGUAUAUCGUCCCUGAAAUUUGUUUCCUCACUGCCCCUCUGAAGCUGGGGGACUACCCUCCAGAAAAUGACUUCUGCCAACCCAAGUUCAUAAAGCAGACAACUGGAGUGGACAACCGUGCCUACACCCAAGACGAAAUUGUGCAAGGAGACACAGGAGACCUCAGCUACUCCCCAUACUCCUCUCACUUUCAGAUGAAGACCAUUGAACCCCAAAAUGAAUUCUCCAUCCCUCGGCCCAAGGCCCGGACAAGCCCGUACCAUGACUACACUGGUGGGAAAGGCCCCAUGUAGCAGCUCCUCGGCGAGCAAAGAGACAAAGCACCCAUCAGCAGAGGUGUGGGGAAUGGGCCACGUGGUGACAAGUGAGUCGAUCCUGCAGAAGAGACUGAGUCAACCCACACCAGCAAAAGAGGAGAGGGGUCCUCUUUUCCCCGCACAGGCACCCCUGUAGCCCCUCUCAUUCGUCAAACACAGCUUUCAGACACCGCUCUGGCCAUCCUGUCCCCGCUCACUCUGUUUCUCCGUGGGAUGGAGCUCAUCUCUUCUGACGGAGCAACGUGCUGGGAAGAGCCUGUCCUGGCCUAUUUUCAGCAGGAAUGCUGUAGGGCUAGAGCAGCAGGAAGAUCAUCGGCCGGUCUGCGCCCGGCUCUGCCCCAGCCAGGACUCGCUCUGAUCAGCUCGCGGGGAUGGCUGAGCCCUACACCUGAUGGGAGAAGAGGUGGGAGCAGGAGCAUCAGCCCUACACAUCCCCACUCCUGCCCACUCGUAAACACGCCUCAGGUACUCCCGAGGACAACCUAUCUAUCCACUGUUACUUUUGUGCCCACUCCCAGCUCUGCCUGGCUCUCCUCCAGAGAUCAGUGGAGAAGAGACAGAGAGGGAGAGAAAGAGUAGUCCUUUUUAUUUCUUCAUGUUCACCUCCAACCCGUUCCUCAUCACCUAGAGACCACGGUGGAGAGGGGGAAGGAAAUUUAAAGACAUGAAAAUCUCUACACCUAUUUACCCUGACGCAUUUUCUGAUUUCUGCUCUAGCACCAGCCUCUCUCCCAGCUCUGACUCCUGACCACGCGCCCCAGCCGAGCUCCCCAGGCUGCCUCUGCCCACCCCUGCAAACCCUCCCUCCCCACCCCUGCCGCCCCAGGCUGUGAUCCCUGCAGACAAAACCUCUUCCAUGCAGCAACUUGCAAUACCCUGGUGGGAUUUAAGCCCGUGUACCUUGGAGCUCUGCCUCCUCCCGAGUGUGUCUGUGGCAUAAACACAAACAUUUCCCAAGCAGCUACGUUACAGAGGGCGGACGCCCUUCUUCCCGCGAGUGAGCGAGCCUGUGCGUGUGUGUGUGCGUGCAUACGUGUGUGUGCGUGCGUGUGCGUGUGUGUGCGUGCGUGUGCGUGCUGUGUGCGUUCCGCAUGGACUGCACCCUGGUGAUGAGCAACACAUCUGCAGAGCUGAAUCAUUCUGUAGCCUGCUUUUCAUUUGGUAAAUAGCUUUCCAUGAUAUUUCAUAUAUAAAUACACAGAGCUCUCCAAGUGGGUGUGUAUGGUACACUGGUGUCUGACACAGCUAUAUAUUUAUUUAGUACUUUGUAUGUGGAAUAUUUAAUUAAUAAAAACCCAAACAGCCUGA